CCCCCAGCUGGGUGCGGGCGUUGGGGUUAUUGGGACAGCCCAGCUGGGAGGUUGGGGCCGGUCACGAUCCUCUCCGUCUUGGGGGUCAGUGUUUGAAUUCUUGGCAAAUUUUUUGCAGCCAAGCUCAAGUUGCUGCAGGCAUGCCACAGCAUGUUAAGCGCCGGCUCCUCAGACCGGGGUCUGCCUUUGGGGGUCCCCAGAUGCGGAGUUGGGGACCUUAGAGGCUGGCGGGAGAACGGCGGGGGACGAACGCUGGGGCUGACGCUGGCUCCUGUGCGCGGGGCGCAGGCGGCGCUCCGGGAAAAACGCGCCAAAGACGGGUUCUCCUCUCGGGCUGUGGUUACGGGUCCCAGGUUCGCUAGAUUGCUAGUGUGUUUACAUCCGGAGCGGUUUUUGAAACUGUAUGGACAGAUCAUUCGCCUUCCAGCAGUUUCCCAUUUAGAGCAAGGGAAGAAUCCUGACGGUGGUUGGGAUAGCAGCCUUUAAGGUUUCUGAAGUCUAAUUUGUUUUUUCUCGAUACCGAUUUCCUCGAGGUUUUGUAUGGAACAUGUCAAAAUACAGAAAAGUUGAAAGGACUGUUCAGUUCUGAGGUCCUUGGUCGUUCACAGCUGGCUCUGCUGCGUUUCCUUUAUCUCGCACUGUGUCCCUUUGGCUCGGCAGUUUUUCUUAAUUGGCUAUUAAAGUUUGCACUGGUACACGGUUGUUUGAAUAACGUUUUUGGUUCAAUCUGUUAGUCUCUUUUGAACGUCAGGAUCGUGUCUUAGACUGUGUGUUGAGAGGGAUGAAAACUGUCCUUGAGUCUUAGGUUUAUAACAGUCUGGCUCCAGCAGUGAGGAGCGCAGCAGAAUUAUAUGAUCUGUAUGAUUGUGUCUCAUGCGAGCUAAUAUUCUUUAACAAGUAAUAACAUCAAGAACUUAAAAGAAAAUUGAACAUUCUGACUCGACCGAGUGGAAUAUUGGUGAACAAUACUAAGUUAGAUGGACCUUUGUUACAGAUUCUAUUUAUGAACAAUGCUAUUUCAAAGCAAUAUCACCAAGAAAUAGAGGAAUUUGUAUCAAACUUGGUAAAAAGAUUUGAGGAACAGCAGAAAAAUGAUGUGGAAAAGACUUCCUUUAGUCUUUUGCCUCAGCCAUCCAGUAUUAUUUUAGAAGAAGACCAUAAAGCAGAAGAAUCCUGUGUCAUUAUAAACAACAAGGAAGCUUUUAGUGUCGUAGGAAGUGUCCUGUAUUUUACUAAUUUUUGCCUUGAUAAGUUGGGGCAGCCACUCCUAAAUGAAAACCCUCAGCUUACGGAAGGAUGGGAAAUACCCAAGUACCAGCAAGUCUUCAGCCACAUUGUUUCUCUAGAAGGGCAAGAAAUACAAGUAAAGGCAAAAAGGCCAAAGCCUCACUGUUUCAAUUGUGGUUCUGAAGAGCAUCACAUAAAAGAGUGCCCGAUGCCUCGGAAUGCUGCUCGAAUCAGCGAGAAAAGGAAGGAGUACAUGGAUGCCUGUGGUGAGGCAAACACCCCGAGCUUUCAGCAGCGAUACCACGCAGAAGAGAUAGAAGAAAGAUUCGGAAGGUUCAAACCCGGAGUUAUUAGUGAGGAGCUGCAGGACGCACUGGGCGUGACGGAUAAGAGCCUUCCACCUUUCAUCUAUCGGAUGCGGCAGCUGGGAUACCCACCAGGAUGGCUCAAAGAGGCUGAGCUGGAGAAUUCAGGGCUUGCACUCUAUGACGGAAAAGAUGGUGCUGAUGGGGAGACAGAAGUUGGAGAAGUACAACCGAAUAAAAGUGUCACUUACGAUCUCUCGAAAUUGGUAAACUACCCAGGUUUUAAUAUAUCUACUCCCAGAGGAAUUCCGGAUGAAUGGAGGAUGUUUGGUUCCAUACCAAUGCAGGCAUGUCAGCAGAAGGAUGUGUUUGCCAAUUACCUGACUUCCAACUUCCAAGCGCCAGGUGUGAAGUCUGGCAGCAAGAGGGCUUCAGCUCAGUGCAGCCCUGAGGAUCCAAAGAAGCAGCGGAAGGACAGCAGUGCGGCCGCCUCCCCUGCUGACAUGGAGCUCGACUCGGACGUGGAGGUACCCCAUGGCUCUCAGAGCAGUGAAGCUUUUCGGUUCCAACCACCGUUACCUCCUGGGACUCCACCUCCCCUCCCUCGGGGGACGCCCCCACCUGUCUUCACGCCCCCACUCCCCAAGGGCACCCCGCCGCUGACUCCCAGUGACUCCCCACAGACCAGGACACCCUCUGCAGCCAUGGAUGAGGACUCGCUGACGCUGGAAGAGCUGGAAGAGCAGCAGAGGCGGAUUUGGGCGGCCCUGGAGCAGGCGGAGAGUGCAAACAGCGACUCCGACAUUCCCGCAGACACGCCUUUGACGGGGAACUCCGUCGCCGCCUCCCCGUGUCCACAUGACCUAGACCUGCCUGUCCCCGAGAGUAAAGCACCUGAGAAGCAGGCGCUGGCCGAGCCUGUGGUACCGGACACCUGCACGGAGGAGCCCGGAGACGGGCGCUCCCCGAGUCCGGACGUGGAGGCCACACUGCCUUGUCAGACGGUCGGCGACGAGUCCCCUUGCGUAGACGCCCACAGCGCCCUCAACAACGGCAGUGCCGGGGCCGGGCCCGACUGCGACCCGAGGAAUGGAAGCAGCCAGAAGCCCCUGCAGGCGGACACCGGCCCCUCAGCGGCCGCUAAAACUCACAGCCCCAUCCCCGACAUGAGCAAGUUCGCCACCGGGAUAAUGCCCUUCGAAUUCGAGAACAUGGCUGAGUCCACGGGGAUGUACCUCAGGAUCAGGAACUUGUUAAAGAAUUCACCCCGAAACCAGCAGAAAAACAGAAAGACCUCCGAGUAGCUGCCCACGUGGCAGCAAGAGCCGUUCGGGUCGGGACCGUGUUCUGCUGGCUAGCCUGAGUGGGCACAUAGCGCCGGCCUCCUGUCCGGCCCUCCCGUUGACAAAUCUACCCAGGGUUUCGCUGCGUUCGAGACUCAGGCCCGUUUCAAAGAAUCGAAGGACGGAGCUCACUACUUGGCUAUUUUGUUCCCAUUGACAAAGACGGGGGGGACGUGUUUGGUAUGAGGUGGGCUCACGGGGGCUUGUUGAGGUUUAUACUAUUUUUGGAUUGUGAGUAUCUGUCGAGAGUGAUGGUUUUUAUCUGUCUUUUGUAUAUUGUUUUUCCCUUUCUACAUUUUGCUAAUUAUCCUGUAUAUAAGUUUAAUAUAUUGCUUUUUAAAAGAAAAAGUUCUAACCAUUUUAAAGUCACAUUGCAACUCUGACAACCAAAUGAGAAAAAUCAGGGAUGAGCAGCUUUAUCCCUUUUGGGGUAUUUUUGUAAGUGAUUUACAGGCUUCAAUUUUAAUAACACUUUGACUUUUUUGUAAUUUCAUUCUUCAUGAAAGCUUGCUAUACAGGUAUGUCCAUCUUUGUGUACAGAAGUUUAAUAAAUUAGUUUUCAUAUACAUAA